AUGGCUGACGCGAUGCGAGCCGCGCUUCAGUUGUCGUCACCACCACCCGAGUCGACCUGCGAACGCGACAUGCGUGCCUCAUACAACGCCAUCAACGCGCUGCUUGACCGAGAAGUAGCCGCUGAGGGUCACCCAAUCGACGACUUUCCGCAGCUACUGCGACUCUUCACAGGCCGCCAUAAUGUCGGGGGGUUCGCGGCCAUGGUUGAGUUUGCCGGUAGCCCUCGGCAGCGGCUGGUGAAUUGGAGAAACUGCGCGGCACACAAGGAGAGACUAGCGGCGAUCGACCUGUCGGACUCGGAGGGAGCGUUAAAAAGGAUGGAGACUGAAGCACACGGACAAGCUGUGAAUGAUUCACCACCGCAAGCGCGCAAUUCUGGAAGUGCCGAAACUGGAUCGCAGCUCCCAGGGCAGAUGGCGGGAGCAACACUCCUUCACCCGAGCUUCGCCAACAACAAACCGUCGACGCUAUUAUCACCCUACUCAACCCCGGUUCAGAAGCCUGUAAAACCUGCGGAAACACCACCCAUUCAUGCCGAGCAUGCGCCCGCCGAUAACAUUGUCAAACCUCCAACACCCUCUCCAUCGCCUUUUAGGUCUGGCUCCGCGCAAGAGCAUCUACAGCAGAGUCGGACGCACUUGAUGGAGGGACACAUGCCGCGCUUGAACGCAGGAACGUAUCAUACCCAUCACAAUCGUGCUACUAAUGGCAGCCCGUACGUGAAUGGAAAUAUAACCGCUCAUAGCUGUAGACCAGCGGGCGGGCAAGAUUCACGUUCUGCGUAUAUCAACGGACACGAAAAUGCUUACAGUAGUACAACCGCUCCCAUUUCGCAUCAUGGCGCUACACCACAGCAGCAGACUCCGUACGGGAAUCUCGAGGAUCCUCGUGACUAUGGAAGGGAUCAGCUCGUGCCUUCCCACUCAGGACAAACGGUGCAUUCACCAGGUCGGCAAUAUCAGUACAAUGGCUUCAACCCGCCGCACUACCGGUCUACGUUCGGCACAGGUCCCCCUUCUAUGGCACCUAUAUCAUCUGGUCACCAGAGCGUGCCUCAGAACUCGCGUUCAGCCUAUGUAGCUGGGUCGCAAGCGCACUUCCAGCAGCGAGACGGAAGGUCUGUCAUGGACCCUUACGCCGAAUUCAAGGCCGAAGUCAACCGUCAGCAGCCCCCGAGGCUCCAAAUGCCUAUGAACUUAUCCAGUCCACUGUCGCGCCAACAGCACGCCACUCCUCCUUCGAAUCGGGCUGGAGCCCACGUUCAGCAGCAUGGUCAGAGUAGGUUGAGUUACCCCAGAUUCAGUAACACCGAGGCCGGUUUUGGUGACUUUCACACAGCAAUUCCCAGGCCAAUUACACCAGUUUGCCCCAAGACAAAGGAAGAGCUAGAGUACGAACAGAAACUCGCGGCGUGGCGAGAGCAGCAAGCAGAGAAUAAUAAGCGAGAGCGCAUCAAGAAGGAACGAAAAAAGAAGCUCAAGGACGAGCUCGAUGCUGAAAUGAGACUGGGCAAUGACGUCCUCAACUACCGCUAUCGUGACUAUGUGGAGGUAUACCCGUUGAGCAGGACCGAGCGGAUGUCGCCCUACCACCUCAACUUGCUCGCAAACCAGGUGAUUCAAGAGAAUGAUAGGUCCGAAGAGGCGAUGGCCGUGCGCUACGCAAAGAAGAACUUUGAGAAUCUUUGGACGGUAAAGGACAAGCCAUUGGUCAUCAAGGAAAUGCAGGACAAGGCAAAGGUUCGCACUCAUGGAUUGUUCGAGGAAAUGAAGAUCGGGGGACACCUCAUGACCGCGCAAGAUAUAGAGGCGAUCAGGCAGUCGGUUCCGUCGUAUGCGAAGCCGGAGGUGGUGCCGGAGGUCGCGCCGGAGGUCGUGAUCGAGGAAUAG